ACUGGAAGAGAAAGAGAUAUCAAGAGUAGGUCUGAAGGUGAUGUUGAACCUCACCAGACGGAGUGCAACCGCGAUGGCCGUGCCUGCCGUUCGUGGAACGGCUACCUUCGCGUAACGCAACCUCAUCAAAAGCCUACUUUACUGCCAUCACCUUCUGCUGCUUCUGCUUAUCGAUGUAGAUUUUAUGGCAUAUCAUGGCUGCAUAACGAGGAGAUCUCUCAUAACACUACGCAGGUAUUCCCGAACGCUGGCUUAUGAUCUGCAAGGUCCUUCUGCUGCUCAUGGACUGGACCGGUGGCGCACGCAAACGCUUCACUGCCGACAAGAACAAUGCGACGGUGCAGAAGCAGAAAGCGUACUUCGCAAAAGUGUGCGCAGAGCCCCAGCAGAUCCCGAACUCUCAGCGUAUGUUUCGUCCAAAUUAUCUGGACGAUGUGAUGCUACCACCGAAUAACGGCCUCCGGGACGUAGCAGGUCAAGCCUGGGCUUCGAGGUCAGGCACUCGAAGGCCCUCUGCUGACUAUGGUGCGAGCGGAUCUCAUAAUCGUAGCAAGCCGUCGGCAGCCACUCAGCACACUGGUCGACAUUAUAGAACGUCAGCUGUGACAGCCCACUCCCCGACCGUACCGUAUGCUCGCGAAGGACGCUCUCAUAUCCGCGAACCGCACUGCCGUUUACCGCACAGCCGUCUACCGCACGUAAGGUCACCCAUUCAGCAAGCUGUACAGACUGAGGACCAGCGGCUAGAGAAUGGUCGGCAUAGGCUCCUCGCUCAAGGUGACUGGCUAGGCUUGUCUCUGGUCCGUCCGUUGCACAUGCAGUUCACUUCCAUCCUAGACAAAGACCGCGUGGGUAAGCGUCGCAAGCUCGACAAGAGUGCGCGGCCAAAACAAGCUCAGCAGCGUUUGCUGAGUCCGCUUUUCGAGAAGCGCUUGAUCGGACCAGACUAUAUGAUGAGUGGUGCGCUGCCGCCUCAGAAUGUAGAAAUCAAAAUCGGAAGCGCGGCUCUAGCAAGCCAGACUCAGGCUUCAAAACGCUCGCGGACGCCCGUAAAUACGAGCAUGCGACAUCUCUCUACGGAAUGUGGUUCCUUGUCGGAGGAAUCCAUGCUCUUGGACGCUCACGAAGAUGAAAUGGCGCAGUGCGAUAUUGCGGAGCGCGCAUACUCCAUGGCGAAUGUCACUGCCACCGAGCAGCUUCCGUUGCGUGUAUGGGACAAAGUGGACGCACUCUCUUUUCAUGCUACUCCGAGUCUACCUGGAUUGGGCUCGUCUGAGGAUGCAAGUCCCAGCUCACUUGUUCAGGUCAUGCGGAGCGACAACGUACGCUGUAGUGAUCUUUCAAUCCUCAGCAAACACCACGGACCGCUUGACCAUCUUCACGCCGCGGACACCCGAGACCGGGCGGCAGAGUCUCAACUUGGCCCGGUUACUACGGUGAGGCAAUUCGGUGUAGUACAUGCAAACUCACACUUGGCAGGGUCGAAAAAUCUGCCCAUGAACCACAGUAAUUGUUACAACGCUCACGACCCUCCAGUAGCCCCAACACCUAACGCCGGUCAUGAGGAAAACGACAGUAACGAGGACGACGUGUGGCGGCGCCUCCUGAACAUUCCGCAGCAGAGUUCAAGCCAUGCUUCAUUGGCAGCAGUCAAAUCUUCAAGCCAGCAUCUUAGCGACGCUAGCAGGCAACAUAUCAAAGUGCUUCCUCAUUUCCCGGAGAGUGAAGAACAGGACGAGCAAUAUAUGUCAACCCCACGAGGCGUAGGCACGCAGGGGCAACCACCAGGCUUCAUCGCAACCACCCAGCCCAGCUCCUUGACAGAGACGCAACCGCCUUCAGCAUCUCUGAAGCAUAUCAUGCAUUUAGCGGAGGGAACAAUACCAAGUAGACCUCGUGAAAAGCCCGCAGUAAACGAGGACGACGACGCUCUCUGGAAGGAGUUCAUAAUCGGCAGUGGCGACGACUCGAGCGUCCGACUGUCGCAGAGCCGUCCGAACGCCUCACGAAUGGCCUACGAGAGGCCAGAAGACGUCGCUACGACGGAGUUCUCGGGGAACCUUACGAGCGGGCUCGGCACAUCCGCAAAUGCCACACACGCCGACAGUGCAGGACUCACCCCGAGUACGUUGAGUGAGCAGCUCACUAUACUCGGUGGACGCAAGUCUGCGUUGAUGGCGAACAGCAACAACCAUCUCGACCGCCCGCAGCUCUCACUGAGGGCUGAAGCUGACACAGGGAGCGGUCGCGAACCGGUACCAGACAGUGAACCGCCUGCAACGAGCGAUGCUACGCUCAAGAAUAUCCACGCCGAGAAAGGAGCUUAUCCCAUUUCUACUUCUAAGCGGCGUCAGACCAGCUAUGCAACAACGAAACACGGUGACGGCACGUUCAAGUAUCCAACAAACCCAUCUAGGAAGGUCAAAGCGCGGAAGGAGCGAGACAUAUAUGAUCUGCUCGACAGCGAUGGCGAAAGUCUCGCUUGACAAGUUACUGCAGUUCUUUUGAGACAUAUGUUUGACUUGUGAAGGCGCUCGUUCUUCUGACGGACUAAAGACCAUUAGGCUCGAUCGUAGCAUACUAGGACGGCUAACAACGUUCGCAGUGGGUCGGAGGGGAUGUUGCCCGUUCCCACCGUCCAGCCCGACGAGAGGACCCUUCUCGCGGUGACUCAAUGCAAGCAUGCAAAUGCACGUCAGAUGCCAAAUCUGGGCAGCAGGUAGAUCGUACAGCGUUGCACAAUGCAA